CGGGCCGCGUCAGUGUUGUUCAGGACAGUGGUGGACGCAGUCUGCUUGCCAAAAAAGCGCUGCCGUGAAGCUUUCAGACUCAAAAUUGCACGUGAUUUUGGCAGAGGCCGUAACUCUUUCUUCGCCACUCAGCGUCUCGCGGCGGGAGCGAAUGCGUGGGCGUGCGACGCAAUGACGUCCGCCGCGUGCGUCGCUUUGGCACCCGCCGACGCAACCCGCUGUCAUCUCGAGUGAACAUUUUUUUCGCCACCAGCACCGCCAAGGGUGGAUUGACCUUUUCCAGAAUGAUGCUUUACAUGAGGUCGCGCACCAGGAAAGUCGCCCUAGUAGUCGUGACUUUCGUGGCGCUUGUUUACCUGACAAACAUCGCGUCCGUGAGUAACGAGAUCUGGAAACAUCCUCCGUGGUUCGCCAGACCGAAUCCGCAGCCGCCGCUGCACCUGCAAAAGCCGCAGCAGCGCGUUGACGAUGAAAGCGGCGCCUUCCGCAGCACCGAGAGGAGGAAGGAAGUGUUUGAGAAUGUCAACAAACUCGACGAAAAUGCAAAACCUAACAUCAACUUGCCGCCAGAAUAUAGAGUGGUCCACCUUGACCUCAAGGGAGCACCGCCAAAGAUCAGUUUCCUUCGCGUCCUCUUCCCGCUGAUCGCCUCAGCAGGCGCGAAUGCCAUCCUGAUAGAGUACGAAGACAUGUUCCCCUUUGUCAACAACCUGCGCAACGUGAGCGCCCGCAACGCGUACACCAGGUCGGACGUGCAGGAGAUCAACCGUCUGGCCGCCAAAAGCCAGCUCGAGGUGAUUCCUCUGGUGCAGACCUUUGGCCACCUGGAGUUUGUGCUGAAGCUAGAAGAAUUUGCCCACUUCAGGGAGUCGAUGGACUUUCCACAGGAGGUGUGUCCCAACCACCCAGAGGUCAUGACCCUCAUUCGUGACCUCAUCGUACAGGUGAGAGCGUUGCACCCAGAGUCGCGCUACAUGCACAUCGGCUGCGACGAGGUUUUCCACCUGGCCCUUUGCGCGAGAUGUUCCGCCAAACUUAGAGCGGCACAGGCGCAGCAGAAGGAGAAAAAUAAUGUGUUUGCCAGUGACCCGAGGUUUAACAUUUUCGCCUCGCAUGUAGCUAAGGUCGCUAAAUUGGUCAGAGAUGAACUGGGCAUGAUUCCAAUAAUUUGGGACGAUAUGCUGAGACAGCAGGGGCCCAGACUGAUUGGUUCUGAACUGACCAACCUGGUCGAACCCAUGGUUUGGGUCUACACAGACGACAUCACCAGAUUGGUGCCUCAUUAUGUGUGGCAUUCGUAUUCUUCCGUGUUCCCAAACAUUUGGGCCGCCAGCGCUUUUAAGGGUGCGUCUGGCGAGCGGGCUCUGGUGCCGGACAUUGACCGGCGGAUCGCAAACACGGCAGCCUGGCUGCGAAUUUUAAGCGGCGAGGAAAUCACAGGGCGCAAGGUGCGCCACUUCCGAGGCAUUGUGCUCACUGGCUGGUCCAGGUACGACCACUUUGCCGUCCUGUGCGAGCUGCUGCCGGCGUCGGUGCCGUCGCUAAUACUCGCCCUGGCGCUGGUCAACUCAGGCGCCUCCCAAGUUACUGACGCGGUUGCUCAAACGUCCCUCACGCUGCUUGAGUGCGGAUUGGACAUGAGACUUCAUGCGAAUGAAGUUCCUCAACUACUCACAUCCGAGUCACUGGCUCUGGACCCACACCAGCUCAACCUGGGCGAGAUGUGCGCUUUUCCAGGUGCAAACGCCCUAGCCGUAAUGAAGCAAUUUGCUAUGAUCAAACAGCAGGUCGAUGAACUUUACUGGGAACUCACUGAAAAACAGGGUUGGCUAACCCCGUACAAUGUGAGGCACGGUUUUUCAAGCCCGUGGAGGAUUGCUGAAGGACUUGCAAAGCAGCCAUUCCUCCUUUCCAACGUAGAGAUUUUGCGCAACUCAAGCCAAAAGGUCCUGAGCCAGUACCUGGACUCGAGCUCCGUUCGAGAGUGGGUCGAGCAACGCGUGCAGCCCCUGUAUUUAAAGUUGCAUGGACUGCAGAAGGACGCCCAGUCUCUGAUGGCGCGGACGCAUUGGCCUCGACGGCCACUCGAUUGAAAAGCAAAAAACUUUUGUUUGAAGAAGAAGAAGAAAUAUACAGGACAAAGUGAGAGGGCGAAAUUUUGGCUGCUGGUGUGAAUUUUUUGCAAAGUUCAGGCGGCAACGACGCAAUCUGCCUCUGAUCUCUUUUUAUUUUUAUUUAACAUAGAUUAUUUUCGUCCUGCGUUGAGAAUAAUAAGAGGUUCGUUUUGAAUCAAAUAGACAGAAUUUAAGGCAAUUUGGUUUGUUACAUUUUUUUUUCAUUUUGCAUUUUUUUGUAAAAAAAAAAAUUUGUUUCAAUUCCAAUUUUAGAAAAAUAAAUAAGUGCAAAAAUAUUUUUCCUCAGGAUAAAACAAUUCCAGAGAAGUGCUCUAUUGAUGUGAGACUUUAUUAUAAAAUUUGCUUUAUUCUCAUCUAACGUUAUUUAAAUAAAGUAUUUACUUAAAAUUAUCGUGCUAGAUUUAGAGCUUUCGUGUUUCAAUUUUUGUAAUUUAAGUUUUGUGUGCCGCCGCGACUGCUGGAUGAAAAACUGCGUGCGAGACGCGAGUGUUGCUUGUACACAACACGCAACAGCAACACACUCAAGUGCUAAUAUUAGCCCAUUUUGACGUAAUUGGCCUGAAGCCACUUUACUUCUGGGCAAUCAAAACUAGAAAUAAUUAGAGUGCCAUGAGUUAAUUUUCUAAGAGAGAGCUUCUGAGGUAUGAUGGUUUUGUUACCGUUCAAUUGAAUCAUUCCAAAUCAUUCAUUAGA